CGAAGGUUCAUCUUUCAGACAUUUGUAUCAAUUUCGAGAUCAAGAGAUUCAUCGAACCGUAUCGUGUCUGUAUCCGGAAGAAAGCCGUCUCCUUUAUCUGUUACUCUCAGAUCAUAGUUUCACCGAUGGCUUACGAGAAAGAGCUUGAUGCCGCUAAGAAAGCCGCUUCACUAGCAGCUCGCCUCUGUCAGAAAGUUCAAAAGGCUUUGUUGCAGUCUGAUGUUCAAUCAAAAUCUGAUAAAAGUCCAGUCACCGUUGCUGAUUAUGGUUCACAAGCAGUUGUUAGUUUACUCUUACAAAGAGAACUCAGUUCUGAACCCUUUUCAUUGGUAGCUGAAGAGGACUCAGCUGAUCUACGCAAGGAUGGUUCUCAGGAUAUUCUUGAGCGCAUCACUAAACUCGUCAACGACACUUUAGCUAAUGAGGAUCCACUCAAACCCAUUGACUCUGCUUUGUCAACAGAAGAUCUUCUCAGAGCCAUUGACUGCGGCACAUCCGAAGGUGGUCCUAACGGUCGACACUGGGUCUUGGACCCCAUUGAUGGCACUAAAGGAUUUUUGAGGGGAGAUCAGUACGCAGUAGCACUAGGGUUGCUAGAGGAAGGGAAAGUAGUGUUAGGUGUGCUUGCUUGUCCAAACUUGCCAUUGGCUUCCAUAGCAGGAGACAACAACAAGGACUCUUCUUCAUCUUCUUCUUCAGAGGAAAAAGGAUGUCUCUUCUAUGCUACAAUCGGUUCAGGGACAUACAUGCAGCCUUUGGAUUCGAAAACUGAUCCAGUCAAAGUACAUGUCUCUAGCGUUGAGAAUCCUGAAGAUGCAUCCUUCUUUGAAUCAUUUGAAGGAGCUCACUCUCUUCAUGAUCUAUCCAGCUCCAUUGCCAAUAAACUUGGUGUGAAAGCGCCACCAGUGCGGAUCGAUAGCCAAGCGAAGUAUGGAGCUUUAUCUAGAGGAGAUGGAGCUAUAUACUUAAGGUUUCCUCACAAAGGAUACCGCGAGAAGAUUUGGGACCAUGUAGCUGGUGCUAUAGUUGUUACAGAGGCUGGUGGGAUAGUGACGGAUGCAGGUGGAAAGGCAUUGGAUUUCUCGAAAGGGAAGUAUCUUGAUUUGGACACAGGGAUUAUAGUUGCUAAUGAGAAGCUAAUGCCUCUGCUCUUGAAAGCAGUUCGUGACUCCAUUGCUGAGCAAGAGAAAGAAGCUUCAUCUCUCUGAUUCUUUCCUUUGUUUUCUUUUGUAACUCUUUGUGUCCUUUCACCUCCACCACAAGGAAUAAUGUUUCGUUACACACUGAGAGUGUCUUCUAUUUAUGUGCAAUAAUAUUUCUCUCAAUAGAGGUUAACUUUA